UUCAUUUAUGCAGGGUUCAGAUUUGCUUUUCGUUGUCAGGUGUGACAGAUGUCCCUUUUUUAAUUACCAACGAACCUUUAUUGUUUUAAUUAUCAAGAUUAAGUACUUUAAGUGAUAGUUCAUUAAAAGUUGAAGUACCAUGGUUGAUCCUGAAAUAAAAGAAUGAGUACCGUGGAUGAUAUUUAAAACAUAGGAUAAGUACCUUAGGUGAUUAUGUAAAAUGUUGACCUUAUCGUUGCUAAAAAACAAUAGACAAACAUAAACUGUUAUAAACUGUUAUAGACGUGACACCUUUCCAUUUGUGUCGAUUUUAGGGUUCUUUCUUGUGUCGAUCUCCUAAUUAUGGCCGAAGGAUUUUCAGAAGAGGAUUAUGUAGAUGGAUUCCCUGUGUGCAAUGUUCCUAAAUGCAAAUGCGGAUUGGAGGCGAAGGUCAUGGUGUGUUGGACUGAAAAGCAUCCUGGGAGGCGAUUCUUUCGAUGUCCAAAUGCUAAGAUGCGGGUGAAUCGAUGCCCCUUCUUCAUGUGGUAUGACGAGGAAUAUGCUCCUCACCUGAAGCACAUGUUGUAUACUAUGAAGAGAUCAAAUGGAGAGCUACAGAAAGAAGGGGAAAAGCUCAGAGGAGAUGUAUUCGAGCUGAAGCAUUUGAUUGACAGAGCAAGUAUAAUUGAUGCAAUUGAAGUGGAGGACGAGCUUCUUAAAGCUGCUAACAAAAUUGAGGGGAUGGAGCUGGAGCUAACAGACUUGUAUGCUGCAAAUAGGGGACUGCAGAUGGAGAUUAGAGAAUUGAAGAAUGAACUCACAGCUGCUCGGAUUAGAGAAAAUAAUAGGGGAACUGAAGGCUUAUAAAUCAUUUGUGAAACUUGUCUUAUUGAUCGUUUUUUUAUGUAACUCAACUUUUCUGGUGUUAAUUUCGAUUCCGAAG